CGAAAAGAGCUUUACACCAUCAUUUUAAACGCCAGAAAAGCAUAAUUUCACAGUUUGACCUGUUGUUUUCAGGAAUGACAAUAUGUCAAUCAUCCGUAAUAAGAGCUGUUUUUGUGGGUCGCAUAAAUUAACUUCUGGUCUAUUUUUAACUGUUUGUUUUUCUAGCAGUUUGCAAAAUAAGUGCUUGAGCUUUCGUCAAGUUCAGGCCUCGGUAACUUUAAUGUUAAUUUUACUAAGAUUAUUACAUCAAAAUAUGUACAAAUAUUGUUGAUUGUUGCAUAGCUUUAAUGUAAAGAUUGGUGUAACGUAUGGUAAAAUAAAUGGACGGAAGAGCGGUUGCCAAUUUCCAAGUUGCAGCCGAUUGGUCAGAAAAUGGGUAAUCCACGUGACAACUGUCAUGCAAUUUUGGAAUAUUUUUUCCUGUGCCGACGGUGUGGUAGAGAAAUCUUCCAGUUAUCGGACAUGGUGAAUAUUCCCAGUAACGUUGCUAUGAGGCAGAGGAAUGACACUUUCGGAACUAAACGAGGAGUGUUGAUACAACGAUUUAAAAACCCUCAUGGUGCGCAGUAUGAAGUGGUAACAUCUACAAAAGCUAAUGUAAUGCGAGCCAGUCCAGAGACUGGUGGUGACACCUGGUGGCCAGGAUUUAACUGGAUCAUCUUGGCUUGCCCUGGAUGUAGGCAACAUAUUGGCUGGGAAUAUAUACCACAGGAUGUAAAUGAUAAAGAACAUGCCACAUUUUUUGGAUUGGUGCUGGGAAAUAUUUUAUAUGAAAAUGAUGCAGACAAUUUGAUAGUUUUACCAAAGUCUUACAACAGCUGACAGGAUUGUUCUAUGUUGCUUGGAUUGUAGAUGAUCUUAUUUCACAUAUCAUGACUAUGCAAAAUAUAUUGAGAAUUACUGAGGCUUAUAUGAUUGCCUUAUUUUAAUUCUGUUCAAACACAUAUACAUGUAGAUAUUGGAUUAUUCAUUUCCAGGGCUUACUGCAAUUCUGUAUGCUUCAUUAUCAGCGUACAUUUAGAUAUGCAUUAUCUAGGGCUAAUCACAAUACUGUGACCUUUAUGAUUAUUAUAGAUAUACAUUUCCAGGGCUAAUAAUUCUUUUGGGUUCUUCAUUAUGAAACUGUAUAGAAUAAACUUUAUUGGGCCCUCAGUGUGCUUAAGUGUAUUCAAUUUGCACUUAACUGUACAUACAACAUCGCAAAUAAGUUAAAUAUGAUUAGAUAUAUUUUUAUAUUAAGUCCUCUUUGUUUAAGAUAUACAUGUACUAUGCUUUUAUUUAUGUUAAAUACUCUUAUUGCAAAAAUUUAUUGAAAUCCAGGAAAUUGUCACUGAAUAUUUCUAAUUUGAAUAAGAGAAUGCAAAAUUCAUUUCUGAAAUAUAUCUGUAUUCCUUAUUAUAGAACCAGUUAAAAAUGCACGCCUCCAGAGAUAGCAAAAUAUUCCCAGGAAAUCAAAUUUGAGAAAAAAAUGUACUAAGAUUUUAAAUAACUGAUUCAAGAUUCAAUUAAUAAUUUACAUGUUAUGUGCAAUUAAUGACUGAAUUUGUAGUACUUAUCACCAUAUUUCUACUGUGUGACUAACGCAGAUUGGGCUAUUUGUGCAUAUUAUGACCUCGUUUAGGUAAAUUACAUGGAUUGAAAGUGCUGUUGGCAAUGUGCAAAUAACCAACUUUGUUCUUUUCACAAUAUUGCACUUUUAAAAUGCAUUUUCCAAAUGUUCAUGAAAAUUUGCAUAAAUCUGGAGGCAUUCUGCUUAAAUAUUGUCCUUACUGCCAGUUUUUUAAGGGCAUUACAUUCAAACUGUGUUUACCGGUAGUGUGUAGAGUUUUAAACAUGACAUUUAUACUAUGUGUGUUACGUAAAACAUAAUAACUGUAGCAAUUAUUGAUAUUGUGAAAUUUCAAACUUUAGCAUAAUAUAUAUUCUAAUUUGAAUUUCUUAUAUUUAUAUAUUAAAACAGAAAGAUAGGAAAAAUGUAAAAUUGUAGGAAUAUACUAAGUAAUAAAUUAAAACUCGAAUUUGUGUGCUAUUUAAGCCAGAUUUCAGUGAAAAGUGUUGCAACGCUUUUCAAUUUUGGAUUAAUUGUCACAAUUAGAAGAGUUAUUUUGGAAAAACAGUGUGAGGAAAUAUCUUUUGCACUCAAGUUAUUUAUCUAGACCUGCAUUAAAUGAAACAUUAAUCUUGAAAUAUUAUUUCCAGUCCUAUCAUAUCUAAAAUUCUCAGUGAAGUUCCUUUAAGGGCUUUCAAUUUUUCUAGUUUAAAGCAUAACCUGUGUUCUUAUUUGCUAUACAAUGACGUGCACAAAAUAAUUUACAUUGUCCAUCAACAUCACUGAACACCAUUCAAUUCCAUUCAUUUAAAUUGUUCUUACAUAUUUUCCCUGAAUGUUCUUUUGGUUGUGAAUGUUUAGUGUAAGAAAGUACUAGGUCAAACAGGCUUUUAAUUGAGCAGUAAUGAAUUGCUAGUCAUCAGCACAUAGACGACCUAGAAUGUUUGAACUUGGCGAUGUAAAAGCUAAAUGGACAAUAUUUCCUUGUUUUGAUAAUGUUAUUUGUUUUUUAAUGGAAUCUCAAUAAUAUUAUAUUAUAUAUUUGUUCGUGAAUUCAAUACCUUUAUCAAAGGGGUGUCCGUGGCUGUGUGGUUAAGGUAAUUGACUUCAAACCAUUGCUCCCUGAGGGCUGUAGGUUUGAGUCCCACCAGGGACAUUGUAUUUUUUAGCUCACCUGUCACAAAUUGACAUGGUUGGCUUUUGUGAUCGCUUUUCGUCCGGCGUCUGUCUUCUGUCCACCUGUAAACUUUUACUUUAAAUGACAGCUCCUCAUAAACCUCUAAGCCAAUUUCAACCAAAUUCACGGGAACAUUCCUUUGGUGGUCCCCUUUAAAAAUUGUUCAAAGAAUUUAAUUCCAUGCAAAACUCUGGUUGCCAUGGCAACCAAAGGAAAAACUUAAAAUAUCUUCUUUUAAGAAACGCAAAUAGCUAGAGCUUAGAUAUUAAGCAUGAAACAUCUUCUAGUGAGUGUCUACCAAGUUUGUUUAAAUAAAAGCCCUGGGGUCAAAUCUGUCCACAGUGGGGGUCAUUGAUUUUUCUUAUAUGUAUAUACAUGUAUUAAAAACUUAAAAAAUCUUUUUUUAAAAACCCAAAGAGCUAGAGCUUAGAUAUUAGGCAUAAAGCAUCUUCUAAUGAGUGUCUAGCAAGUUUGUUCAAAUAAAAGUCCUGGGUCAAAUUGGCCCGGCCCUGGGGUCAUUGAUUUUCCUUAUAUGUAUAUAGUAAAAACUUAAAAAAAUCUUCUUUAAAAUCCCAAAGAGCUAGAACUUAGAUAUUAAGCAUUAAGCAUCUUCUAAUGAGUGUCUAGCAAGUUUGUUCAAUAAAAUCACCGAGGUAAAAAUUGGCCCGGCCCUUGGAUCAUUGAUUUUCCUUAUAUGCAUAUAGUCUUUUUAAAAAAAAACCAAAUUAACAAGUAUUCUGACUCAGGUGAGCAAUUUAGGACCAUCAUGGCCCUCUUGUUUAUGUAAGGAAGCUAUUAGGCUAGCGAACGAACGUCAGUAUGUAUGGAUGGGCACCUGAGGACUUCCUCCACCAGGAAAACUUGAAAGUUGUUAUAUGACCUCUAGUGUGUUGGCAUGUAGUAAAAGCCCCAACGAAAAGAGAAAACAUUCAUCAGAUAUGAUUGUCAAUUGUAAAGGCAUUUGGAAAAUUAGAUAUACAAGUUUAGAUUAUAGUAUUUUGUAUAACAAUUUGAGAUUAUUUUAUUUAUUAAUUGUUUUAUUUGGUUACAAGUUUAUUUUUGAUGACAGUAAAGAUAUGCUUAACUGAACUUGACCUUGACCAACACAUGAUAAGAUUAUAUGAUGUGUAGUGUGAAAAGACACCAGUUAUAUACAUGUAUUAUGUUCUCAAAACCAUGGAGAUACAUUACAACCUUCUAUAAAAUACAUAAUGUACAUUUCUGAAAAAUUAGUUCUUGUUUAUAUGACAUAAUUUGUUUGAUUUCCCAUUUUGAGCAUGAUUUUUCAAAGAAUAGGGAUAGCUAUUGUACUCACUUAGGUGUAUGCCUCACACUUUAGUUAAUUUUUUUCAUGUAAGUUGGUAUCUCCAAAACUACUGAAGGGGAUGGGGUAAAACUUUAUACACUUAUUUGAGAACAUAAUAUGCAGGCUUAAUGCAAAAGGGUCGUAACCCAUAUGACAUAAAGAUGGAGUUACAACCCUUUCGCACCAAACAGCCGAAUAGCAGGUCACUUUUCAAGGCUCUUAAUUCUAAGAUGGAUUUUUGAGUUAUUGGCCUUUUUUCGAACUUUUCAAAUUCAACAUUUUUUUAUUAUCAAGCACUGAGAAUAGUUGAGCAUGCUGUCAAACUGACAACUCGUUCUUUGAUGCUGAAAUUUUUAUGUACUUUUAUAAGAGGGUGCAGCAAACAUCUUAUCACAAAUACUAGAAUAUGUACUCGAACUUCUGUCAAAUUAAAAAUGGUGGUGUGAAAUAAAGAGGUCAUUAUAAUAUUGUUAUUUUGCUCCUCUGAAGAUUAUGAUUGUGAAUCAUUAUUUAAAUGUAUAGUUGUUAAUAGAAAUAUAAAUUCUUUGGGAAAUAUAUUCUGUUACGUAUUUUGCAUUGUCUUCUAGGCAAUGCAUUAAAUAAAGUGCCAUAACUUGUUCAUAUUUAUUUGGGUGAUAUAUGUAUCUAUUUGGGUAAUUUUGUGUUAAAUCAUAUACUGCUAUGUUGUUGUAAAAAGGCGAACAAGCAAAAAGAUAUAGAGUAAAAUAAAAUAAAAAACAAAAACACA